AUGAAUAAAUUUAAACAAAUUUGCGAAAAGUUUUGGAAAGCUAAAAGACUUGACUUUCUUAUAUGGUCGUGUGAUAAUAGAGAUGAAAUUACCUCAAUUGUAUUCCCCCGUGUCAGAUAUCCCAAUAGAUUCGUUAAUGAAAAAUUUAUGAGAUGCUUAGAGAGGGAAUAA